CCGCCGCCGGCCUCCUGGUGGAAUGAACCCACGGAAGGUCCAGCCGUCCAGCUUCACCCACUCCCUUCCUUCACCCCUGCCCGGUGAGAGCCUCGCAACCAGCCGCUCUGGGCCCCAUCAGAACCGCCCUGCCGACGCCUGCAGCAAAGCCCGAGGGACACCGGCUCUUCCCGCCGCCGCGUGCGGCCACCUUGGAAAGAGCAGGGGCCAUGGACGUUGACACCACUCCUUUCUUCCAGAGAAAACCUGAUGCAGCAGCCGGCCCGACGAGAAUCUCCUUGAUCAGUCCACCUCGAGACGGACGCAUGGGAAGCGUUUCCCACGGAGGCCUCCAGCACCUUGGGCUCACGCCAAGUCCAGCGAGCUUGCCGAAGCCUCUCAGGGUUCCAACACUGCAACUCCCCUUCAAGGGACUGUCAUGGACGCCACCAUUAGAAGGGAGAGCUGCAAGAAGGGACAACAGCCCCAGCCUCCGAGACUCCCAGAGCACCCCCUCCUCGCAGGCUGCGGCGCGGGGGCCGCCCAUCAGCAUAGCUGGCCUUCUGCAGCGGCAGCACACAGCAGGGUCUGCCCACCUCGGGGGAUGCACGCAGGAAAGGUGACGCCGUCGUCUCCAGGAGCUGGACAGGAAGGGUGACCAGACGUCGGUGUGGUUGUCAUAUCUGGGAGUGGCACGUGAGGAACAUAUCUGAAACUUUGCUCUUCUUCUCAACAACGUGAGACUUUGAAAUACCGCUGCUGGAGAAGAGACACACCUGCUGGCUGUCACUGCCCCCAAGGGCUUUCUGACCGCUGCACUCCGGGCAGCCCCAGGAGCUGUGCGGGGCAAGUCUCGUGUGGAACAGCAAGUCUCACAGCCAAGCCUCUCCAGCUCGGUCAGGCCCCGGGCAGCCCUGCCCGACCCUGUGGGGUCUUUCAGCAUCACAUGACUCUCCACGAACAUCCACGUAGAGUGGGACUCGCCCUCCUGUUGGGAACAUUUUUCUAAAAUUGUCAAAGACCUUUGUACACAGUGCGUCACCCGGGCCGGGCUCACAGCACCGCAGUAGAGCAGCAUCGUCCUAGUCCAGGGAGGGUAAGCCUUCAUUGAGCCUGUUCUCAGGCCUCUACCUGCAAUAUAAAGGUGCCUUUCCCCUCAGAGAGUCACACACGUCCGUAGGAUUGCUCUCCAUGCAGAAACCGUGAACGUGAAAUAUAGUCAGUGAACGUCUGACUGUGUGAAAUCACUUCUCCGGCCGACUCUCCUCUGGGUUUCAUCACGGGGCGCGUGUAACCACAGAAAUGCUGCUGUCACACGGGCGGGCGGAUUUCAGAGGAAUGUGCGGGGACUCCAGCGGGGUACUGCCGUGAUGACGGAGAAUGCUCGGGGCUCAGGGCCCUCCGCGGGGGCCCAGCAGCGAUCAUUGGACCAGACCGCGUUCCAUCCGUACUACUGCCCACAAGCGCUCCACAGCUCAGCACUGACCUGACGGGAACAGCCAACACGAAGGGGUAGCGGAGAGAGCAGCGUGAUUGUGAUCAGGGCGGGAGGUGGUGGUGCUUGGGUCUGGUCACAGCAGCCCUGACGCAGAGCCACCCUGAGUGUAACAGCACAACACUGCCAGCCCUGCCCCAUCCCCACAAGGACGUCUGCACUCACGCUGUCCAUCCGACUUGUCAAGGAUCCUCCUCUUUUGGGCGUCCCUCUGCUUUCCAAGAAUGGUGCCCUUUUCCAGGGACGCCUCUCUCCUGGUGACAUGGGACACACAGUCUCACGCCCUUGCUUCUGAGGAGCCUGCUAACUGCACUUCCCAGGCAGUUGGGUUUGUUUUUCCCUGGUCGCCCGUGGGACUCCCAGAAUUCUUCACAGCAUCGCUCCAAGACACCCCUUCUUUGUCGGACUCCUUAGUCCCUGUGCAGCUCUCAUAGUUACUGGACCAAUCAGGGCUUGAGUCAGGCACAGCUUCGUCCUCAAAAUGACAUCCUGGUUCUCCAACACUUCAGAGAGGUCUUGUGCCCCGGAUUUACCCAGCGCAGUGCACCACUUCAUCUCUGGACGGCUGUUUCCAUGAGCACUGCUUAUGAGCCAAGCCACGGGACACCCCUGACAACUUCAGCCCUUUCUCUGCUUAUGAUGUCGUCUGUUGGUCCCCUUGUGAGCAGUUGGGUUUCCUUUACAUACUGAAUGCUGCAGUAGGUGCCCACAGCCCUCGAUUUCAGUAAGUAAGGUGUGUCAUCUGCAUCUCACGGGUUGAUGAGCCUGCCGUACAGUUCGCUAAAGUCAGACGGGAUAGACUCAAGGUCAGAUUUUGAGUCUGGUGGACUUGUUUUAAUUUUCUUCAACUUCACUGUAUGUACAGAUGAUUAAAUUGCUGGCCUGUCCCUCA